AUCGAUACACAGCAAUCAAAGAGUUGCCAGACCAAUUAGCAGACCGGCAUUAAAUAAAAAAAAAAUUAGCAUAAAAUGGAUAAAAAGGUGGGUGGAAACAAUGACGGCAAGGAGAAACGCCGCAAGGAGUCGAUUCUGGACCUCUCCAAAUAUCUGGAGAAACAGAUUCGUGUGAAAUUCGCGGGCGGUCGGGAGGCAUCUGGGAUUCUUAAAGGCUACGAUGCUCUGCUAAAUUUGGUUCUGGACAACACAGUGGAAUAUCUGCGCGACUCGGACGAGCCCUACAAACUCACCGAGGACUCGACACGGAGUCUGGGCCUCGUGGUCUGUCGUGGCACAGCGUUGGUACUCAUCUGCCCUGCAGACGGCGUCGAGAGCAUUGCCAAUCCAUUUAUAACGCAAUAGAAGGAUGUCCAUUGCCUAGACUAAGUACAAAACUCUUGUGGAAAUCGAUUUAAAUAUAUUUAGCGGCGACACA